UAAGUUUGGUUCAUACAGACAGAGCGAAACACCGUGCCCUAUUUAAAAAAAAUCGUAUUUACAAACAAUGUGCCGAAUACCAUUAGCCAAUUUGACUUUCCAUUUGCUCUUCCCGAGAUAUUUCAACUUGUGCAUUGGUUCAUUCAGGUUAAACAAUGGCAUAUUCGAAAUCACAAGUACCUGACACAGCUCAGCACUAUUUGGUUUGUGGCAUCAAAGACUGUGAAAAGAACUGUCUGUUUUACUGCAAUCCUUGUCACCAACCUAUGUGUGAACAAUGCAGGGACGAACAUCAGAAGAGUCCAGAAACCAAGAACCAUGAAUUGGUCCCUUACCGGCACCGCAAAGAUCAUCUUCCAGUAGAGAAAUGCAGAGAUCAUCCCACUAAGGAUCUAGACAUUCUCUGUGACCAAUGCAGUGUGCCUUUAUGCUCCAAGUGUUCUACAAUGACUGUCCACAAGGGACAUUCCUUUACCGACUUGGAGACCAUUUAUACAGAAAAUUCUGCAGCGUGUCGUCAAGAAAUCCAAAAUAUUCAAGCUUACUUCAUCCCCAUGGCAAAAGAUUUGCAAAAUGAAAUAAAACUAGAUGCCACAAAUAUAAAGACAAUCAUGGAUGGCAUAAGAUCAUCAAUGAUGGAUGAAGCCAAGUCUCUCAAAACACUGGUGGACGAAGUUACAUCAGAUAAUAUAGAACAAGUCAACAAAAUGGAAGAGUCACUAAAGGAGAUGCUUCAGAGUCAAGACAUAACAUACGAAGAUUACAUAUCUUACCUUAAAGACCUUGUUAAUCAGUUCUAUGGAUACCUGUCCUCUACUCAGUUUCAAAAUAAUGCCAUCAUUUUCCCACUUUCUGAAUACUUUAAAAUCCGACCCAUACCAGAGACCACCAAACCAGUCCCUCCAGUAUUUACAGCUGGUCGAUACAGCAAGGAGAUGGUUGCCAAACUACUGGGCAAAAUAACAGUUUCUAAGACUAAACCAGAAAACAGAAAAGUAAAAGCCAUGGAGACUGCUUCUAAACACUUGAAACAUACAAGGCUACAGGGAAGAGAGAAAUAUGGCGUGAAACAAAGACUGUCUUCCUCUGUCACCAAGGUUAGGGAGUACACAGUACCAGGUGUUGACAGUGUACACCAUAUAUCACAAGGCAAAUCAAGCUCACUCUGGGUCAGUGAUAAUUGUAGUCACAUUGUCCACACAGAUCUACAGGGCAAUCAGCUACAAAAUAUAAAAACCAGUGGUGGAAGAUAUGUAGGGAACCUAACAGUCACACAGGAGGGCGAUCUUAUCUAUGCAGACAAACAAAACAAAGUCAUCAAUAGGAUAACACCGGAUAAAACCAUCACUGAAUUCAUUAAAACGGGAGACUGGACGCCACUCAGCAUACACUCCUCCCACAUCAAUGGGGACAUUCUGGUGGGGAUGAUAAAGGAAGCAAAAGGUAAAGUCACCAGAUACAACAAGACAGGGAAAGAAAUACAAAACAUAGAGAGUGACAACAAAGGACAGGAAUUGUAUAGUUAUCCACACUACAUCACAGAAAACAUUAAUGGUGAUAUCUGUACAUCCGAUUUAAUCAAACAGGCUGUAGUGGUGGUGAAUAAAUCAGGACAACACAGGUUCUCCUACACAGGUCAGGGGUCAGAGUUUUACCCCCGGGGAGUGUGUACUGAUCGCCUGGGUCACAUACUGGUGUGUGAUAUUUGCAGUAACACAGUUCAUCUUUUGGACCAGGUCGGGCAGUUUUUGUGUCUCCUUCUCAAACAACAAGAAGGAGCGUGGUCUCCCUGUAAUGUGUGUGUGGAUGGCGAGAAUAAUCUUUUUGUGGGACACUGGAAAACCAACACCGUGACAGUAUACAAGUAUCUACAGUGACGAUGUAUUGUUACAAUCACAACAAAUCAAACUGGUUUACAAACUAUAUUUUACUAUCCAAUUUAGCUUAGAUUUUAAGGCAUGGUUUCUUUAGAAAUCAACUAUUUCUUAUAUUUUGUUUUCAAUGCAUAUACAUGCAUACCAUUCAAUCACACCACACAACUCAUAUUCAAGUUGAAAAAGUAUUCACUAAAUUAUGUGAUUAAGAUUUAUUAGAAAUUAUGCAUAAAAAAGGCAUGCCUAUUUUGACCAUUAUCUACUAUAAAAUCUAUUCUCCAAUAUUAAUUUUUGUAAGGAAUAAUAAUUUUGUAAAUAUUUCACAAUAGCAUCAGAUGAAAUAUGUUAAACUCUUUUUUCUGGAUUAGCCAAAAAUACGCCUCUUAACUAACAUGAUUAUCAAUUUAUAGCAGUGUAUUUUUUCACCAGACUUUCUAAAAAUCAAAGCAGACAUUAAAGGGACUUGGACACGAUUUGAGCUCAAAAUUUUCAAGAUUUAUUUUUCAAUUUUUAUGUCUAGAAAUGCUAUUGUAGAUGUUUUCAAUGCUUUGACAAAAUUAGAAAGUCAAAUAUCGAGUUACAAGCGAGUUACAGAAGUUAGAAUUCUCUGUUUCGUAAACAAAGCUCGAGUCCUGUAGAUGUUCACAUAUAUGUUGUAUUAGUAUAAGUUUCAAUCCAAUGUUGUUGAUUGUUGUAAUGAAACUAUUCAUGAACCAAUUGAAUCAGUCUAUCUUGUUUCCACAAGUUGUUUUGACAAAGAAAUGGCAAUUUCUUUAGUUUACAGCAUUUGUAAACGAGUUUAUAAGACUCGAGCUUUGUUUACAUAACAACAACUUCUUUCCUUUGUAUCUCGCUUACAACAUGACUUCUAACAUUCAAAUUUUGGUGAAUCAUUCAAAAUACAAAAGCAACCUAUUUUAUACAUAAACAUCAAAAAUAAAAUUUUCAUCUGAAAUCGUGUCCAAGUCCCUUUAAUGACCAUAUUUGAGAAAUACAUUGACAAUAGAAAAAGAUAUGGGUAACUUUCUCUGGUUCUAAAGCACGUAUUGGACAUAGUGGGACUUUUAAUUUUACACAUAUGAAGUAUUGUGUUUGUACCCAAUUUCUGUGAAUAAUUCAAUAAUUAAAUUAUAUCAAUCCUGUAUCUUUCGAGCAGGUCUAUUGUUUAAAUGAACUGUUUCCUGUUAAAAUCUAAAGGUAAAUUAACCGUUAGCUUCUGUUUUCCGUGAACUUCUAGAGACUUAAAUUAAAUUUAAGUUAGUUUGUCAUUAGACACAUAAGCAACUUAUUAUAAUUUUAUUUUUUCUAUUUAAGAAGGUGAUUAUGUAACAUAUAAGAAUAUAAUUUUGUUUUCUUGAUCUUCUAUUUCGGAGAAAAAUUAAGUCCAAAGUAGACAUACCUAGAAAAUGAUGUUCAAAUCUGGGCUGCCUAAGAGUAAGAAAUUAAUGUAUCGUAAAUGUCGCUAACUUGUUGCCGUUUUAAAUGUCUUUGGUUUUUGUCUUGAUUAUUAUUUUAAUACACAAUUUUGUAACUUAUUAUUGGAAAAGUCAAGCAAAAGAGAAUAUAACUUGAUUUGAAAAGUUUGAAUCUACACUGUCUACCUAAAAAUGCUUCUACUCAAGUUACAACUUUUCAAGUUACAACCUAAAUUAGCCAAACUCAAACUUUCUCAACAAUUGGUUGUACGUAGAUAGGACACCGAUGAACCCCCUUCUAGUUUUUUCAGAUUUUUAAAUCUUCAAAAUAAGUCGACAGCCGUUCUGAGUGAUUUAAAAGGCAUUGUCCUUUUCAUGUAUGCAAACUUUUCAAACAAAAUGACAUGGAGUACUUCAUAUCGAUUGCUUUCAUCUCUUUUGGCAACUUUUUUGGCCAGUUUCGGGCAGAAACAAGCCAGUUCAAGAAAUGUUUACAUUCUUAUCCUCAAAUGUACAUAGCCGCACAUCCUCCAUAAGCAAUUUAUUUUACUUACCAGGCGCAAUAGCAGCAAAACGGUGUUGAAAUUUUGCCAUUUUGACGUGCGGAUAUCCUAUCAUUACUUUUUUUCUUAUUUAUUAAAUAUCCGAGUUCAUAGAAUUUUUCAUCGCAUAAAUUUUAAAAUCAUAAACAUGUAUACAGUAAUUUAAAACAUUUCUUCGGGACAUUUUUGACAUGGUUUCCUAAAGUGAACUGUUUGAUCACAAUUUUUAAAUCUGCUAAAGAUUUCGUAUUUUGUAGAUUUUUAAAGCAACACAAGAGAUGAGGUUAUUGAAGAAGCAUGUUUUUGUUACAAUCAAAAUAGACCAAUUUUAUAUCUAUUGAAUUUUCCCUUUAGUAAAUAUAGAUAAUAUAUUCCAUAUGCUUCGAACAUGUUUUCACGUCAAUACAACAUGUUGAAAAAAUUUCCAAUAUCGGGAACACAAUUAGCACUAGCUACCUGUAUCUAUCUUUCUUUUUUGACAGCAGAAUUAUUAUGUAACACGUUGUAAUUGAUUUAAGGAAUAAUAAA